AUGAGGACACAGCUCAGGGCCCUGAAUUUUGGGAUCCCUCCCCAGAAUCGCCUGUGCUGCCCCAGGAUUGAGGAUGGAGAAUUUGGAGAGUUUCCCCAACCUGAGGUACAGCAGCUCCUCCUCCCGGGGCUCUCCCGGGCUGGGGAAGGGGACCAGCUGUCCCCAGGGGGCUGUGACACCCCCCUCGCCCUCCCUGAGCUCUGCAGGUUCCUCUGCCUGGCUGGGAACCGCAUCCAGAGGGUGCAGAACCUGCAGGGGCUGUCCCAGCUCAGCGUCCUGGACCUGUCCCACAACCUGAUCCAGGUGCUGCACACAGGUGGGAGCAGGAACCCCUCCGGGGCUGCCUGCAUUCCCGUGCCCUCCUGCCUCGGUUUCCCCGGCUGUGGGGGUGCUGGGGGGCUUUGGGGGAGCAGGAAUUGUGGCUCCCAGCUCAGCCCCCCUGUGCUUUCCCUCUCUCCUGGCAGAGGAGCUGCCCCGCAGCCUCCGGAUCCUCGACCUGGCAGGGAACCAGUGCACCCGGCAGGAGGGAUACAGGGAUUGAAUCCCUGCUCUCCCCCCUGCGGCUCUGAUUUCCUCGGGGGGCUGCAGCGGGAGCUGGCGGGGCGGGCGCGGCUGCGGCGGGCGAUCAGCCGGGAGGAGCACCGGGCGCGGCUGGAGGAGCUGCGGGAGCGCCGGGCUCUGCUGCUGGGCUCGGGGCAGCACGGCACGGCCCGGCCGUGUCCCCAGCUCUGUCCCCAGCGGGAGCCGGGGGCACGGCUGUCACCUCUGCCGGCAUCCAGCGGCUCCCUGGGGGCUCCUGGCGCCAUCCAGCCCCCAGGCGAGGCUCUGGAGGAGGAGACCCGUGCCAAAGGAGCAGGAAAUGGGCAGUUAUCCCAAAUAUCCUGCAGCAGCAGCCAGGAAUAAA